UACCUUUCUACCCUUAUUCUAUCUUCAUGUUAGAACAGACGAAGCUGGUCAAUAAAUAAGCUGAAUAUAUAUAAAUCCAAAGAUUCAUUAAAGAAAUGGGAGAUUCUUUGGAGCAGGUUUCGAAUCACUACUACUGCGAAAUGGAAAGCAGAGGUUGCAGUGUGUACUGGGUUGAGAAAUACUUCAAGGAUUGCCUCUGCAACCUCAGUGAUGAAAUAUCAUUUGGUUUGGGACUCAUCAGUCUAAUCUGUUGGGGCUUAGCUGAAAUCCCACAGCUCCUCACCAACUUCACCAACAAAUCUGCCUCUGGCCUCUCCCUCUCUUUUCUCUUCACUUGGAUCGUCGGAGAUAUUUUCAAUCUGUUUGGGUGCAUUCUUGACCCUGCUACGCUUCCCACUCAGUUUUUUACUGCACUGUUGUACACAGUAACAACAAUAGCACUGGUGGUGCAGUGUAUAUACUAUGAACAUUUCCUCCGGUGGUGGAAACGCGGUGACAACAAGAAAUUAGCCGAUCUCCGGGUUAAUAUGCACGGAAAAGUAGAGUUUGUGAAGUCACGACAUCAUGAAUCGAUUGGUGGGGCAGGGUCAAAUGGUCCUAUUAUACCCUCGGAGAGGCAUUAUUAUUUCAUGUCAGCAAGAACUUUGGCAAGCAGUGCAACUCCACCCAGGGGCUCAUACAUAAACGUGGUACCAAGAAGUGGCCCGCCAGCUCUCCAGCACUACAACUCCGAUUCUUCUGAAGACGAAACAGCUCCUUUAUCUUCACCCUCAAACAAAACUCCCAUUACUCGCCCAAGAUCAAUCCCUCGCCCUACUGCGUACGGCACUUUUUUAGCGGCAGCAACGGCGGCUUAUUAUCCUGCCGGAGCCGAUGCAGCUCUGUUGUUUAUGGGUCAUGCGAGGAGGUCGACAAGAUUUGUCGGAAGGAGGUUAUUAUUACAGGAACAUAAUGAAAUUGAUAACAACGUACUAGUUGGGCAAUGGCUGGGAUGGCUGAUGGCUGCUAUAUAUAUGGGAGGGCGAAUUCCUCAGAUUUGGCUCAAUAUUAAAAGAGGCAGUAUUGAGGGACUGAAUCCUUUGAUGUUUAUCUUCGUUCUUGUAGCCAAUGCCACAUAUUUUGGAAGUAUAAUGGUAAGAAGCACUGAAUGGGAGAAAGUAAGCGCAAACAUGCCGUGGUUGGUAGAUGCAGUGGCAUGUGUCCUUUUGGAUCUUUUUAUCAUUCUUCAAUACCUUUACUAUAGCCGAUUGAAGACGAAAAAAAUCGUAGCAGCAUACAGUUGAAGAAAUGCAUGCACGGAUGAGUCAGCCUCGCCUCAGCCUUUUGAUUCGUUCAAAUGAUCAGUAUGUUUGACCGGAAUUGACCAAAUGCAUGCAUACCUAAAAUAUGGCAUGCACUAUGUUUGGUUACAAUCAAUUAAGGUGCUAGAGUAUUCCUAGUUUACUAGUUAUAUGUAUUCAAAAUAUCUUAUAAUUCUUUCCAAUAUCAUCAUCAUCAUUCAUUUCAUUACUUUUUUUAUGUUUUAAUUUCGAUUAUUAUUAUUCAUUUAUAUAUAUUCAGUUCAAGAAACUCAUCUAAGUAGUGUUGUUUUUUAGUUCGACCUUAUCAUGACAUUGUAUAUUGACCACGAUGAAAGAAUCGAGAAAAUUACUGGAAGUAUGAUAAAUAAAAGGUGAUGGUCUGAUCAUUUCUAAAAG